AUGGAUUUUUGCGUAGAUGUUGGCAUGCACAAAUUAGUGAAGGAUGUACAAUCAUCCGAUAAACCUUUAGAAAACGUUGUUUUUUCAGCUUUUGGUAUGUGUGUAAUAUUAAACAUGAUUGCUAAUGGUGCUAAAGGAGCAACCUUGCACCAACUUCUCCAUUAUAUCAAACUUCAAAGUGUUGAUGAUUUGGUCACUCAAGCUUCUAAUCUUAUGCAAUUAGCCAAAUCCUCCGGUUCCGACGACAACGAUGAUGAUCUGGUUAUAUGCAACUUCAAUGCUGUUUUGGUGAAGGAAUCAAUAACCCUUAAUAAAAAUCACCAGAGGUUUCUUGAGGAUGCAUACCAGGCUAAAGUCAAGUAUGUUGAUUUUAAGCGAAAGGAUGAAGCAGUUGCGGAAGUGAAUGCAUGGGUUGAACAAGAGACAAAAGGCCUCAUUAAUAAACUUUAUCUUAAUGGAGCCUUUAAUUCUCCAAACUUAACCCUAAGUCAUGCAAAUGGACUCUACUUUAAUGGGAAGUGGGAAAAUGAAUUUUUGGAAUCAAACUCAAAAAUGGAGACAUUUUACCCUAUAGAAUUCCCUAUAAAAUCUCACAUAACUAUGAUCAAAAUCUUUCAAGCUUGA